AUGACGCCCACAUCUCCCCGCAACUUCUUCCUCGUCUUGGAACUCUUCGUAGUCUUAGCGCGAUGCGCAAGUCUCGACUACAGUGGUGAAGCGCUCACCACUCGCUACUGGGAUUGCUGCAAGCCGUCUUGCGCGUGGACAAACAAAGGGCCUGUCUUCCAUCCCGUAGGUUCCUGCACAGCCGACGACAAACCCAUCGAUAUUGAUGCUGGCACCGGAUGCAAAGGCGGUACUGCUUAUGCGUGCUCGGAACAGCAGCCUUGGGCCGUCAACGACACUUUUUCGUACGGUUUUGCAGGCGUCUACCUCACCAAGGAACUCAGAGGCGCCGCAACGGAAGAAGCAUGGUGUUGUGCGUGCUACCGACUCGACUUUACCAGCGAGCCGUUGCGAGGGAAAAGCAUGAUUGUGCAGGGCUCAAAUACAGCCUACGACGUCAACACGGCGAAUCGGUUCACAUUAGCAGUACCCGGUGGGAACACGACCUCAGUUGACGGCUGCACAAUGCAGUAUGGCGUCUCGCAAUCAGUCUUUGGCCAAGAUGGCCUAGGCGUCGCCACAAUAGAAGACUGCCAAAAUCUCCCCGAGCCACUACGACCCGCCUGCAAAUGGCGUUUCGACUGGCUCCAAGACGCUCUGUUUCCGAGUGCAAACUUCAAACGCGUCGUCUGCCCUAGUGAGCUCACUGCGAAAACGGGCUGCGUGCGCAGCGACGAGAAAGAAUUAGCUGAGCAGAUUUCCGGCAACGCAACGACCACAGCGAAGACUUCGUCCGCCCAGACCAGGCGCACUCGAUUUGGCACCACUGUUUCUGCCGCCGCGCUGGCUGGCUGGCUGCUCGCUUUCUCCGCGGUGUGA